UAUGGGAAGCAAAGCGGAGAACUAAAUUGAAUAAUAUUCUGGAUAAGACUUUGGUGAUAAGAUUAGUUUUACGGUUGGUGUGAGUUACAUGUUAGGUAAUAGAAAAAUCAAUAUUUUAGCUUCAUCUAUAGGGUUAGUGAAAGGAGCAAUUGAAGGAUUUCCAAGAUCACUGAAUAUGCCAAAAAAGCUAAUUUUAAAUAAUUUUUUCAAUGCAGUAGGAAAACGAACUUCAACCUAUGGAUAGGCAGCAGCAAGUGCAAGCAUGUUAUAUUAUUUUGUUGGGGCAGGAAUGAAUCUAUUAUUUGAAGAUGAAUUAGCAGAUAUAAAUUAAUUAAAAAAGAAUAUUUUGUGUGGAGCUAUUUCAGGAGCAAUUUAUAAAUCCACUUUGGGUAUUUGCAAUUGACUAUUACUAAGGUUUUGUUCCUUUUAUUGUUGGUGGUAUAGUGGGAGGAAGCAUGAUUGGAAGUUUAACUUUAUUUGUAGAAAAUCUUAAUAGAAGAGGAGUGGUAGCUUUCGAAAUGAAGUUUUGAG